AUGCUUUAUUGGUUCUAGUAGAUUGGAUUCUUCUGCACCAGACAGAAAUCAACCUAAAGUCUGAUUUGUUCUACACUUACUAGUCAAUAGCUUUUGGUGAUGGAAAUAGGUCAAGCAAUUACAAGUGCUAUUAAAAAGCCAAAAAGAAGAAGUUCCAAGAGUAAGAAGAAAAGAUUAACAUUUGAAGAUGAAGUAUCUGUUGCCAGAUCUGAAGAGGAUCUAAAACAAAAAGACGUAAUUUUAGCAAAGAGCACAGCUUUUCUCUCUUUUGGCUUCAGCUUUAUUAAAUGCUACUCCCAGCAAGGUUUAGAUAUAGUUGGAGCAACUUAUAACAACAGAAGCAAAAGACUGGUCCUGGCUGAUGGAAAAGGAUUUUUCAGCAUGGAUUUGCUUCCUGCUAAUUAUUCUGUUAAAAGAGAAAUGAAUUUUCAAAAGUAUCAGUUCAGCUUGGCAAGAAUCAUCACUUACUCUGAAAAAUACAAUGUUUACUUUGUUCUGCAAAAAGAUUUUUCAAUUAAGGUUUACAACAAAGACUAUUAUGAGAUUUGCUCAGUAGAAAAUCCAGGUUCAGGACGAUUAACAUUUAUAUCAUUUAACCCAGUGAAAGAUGAACUCAUCAGCGGAGGAAUCAAAGGAGUAAAGAUUUGGAAAUUUAAAGAAAAGAAGACCACAGUUCAAGCUAAUCCGGUUCCAAUGUACAAUUACAGCCUUUUCCCCAGUACAGAAUAUCCACAUAUGGGGAAAAAGUGGUGCACAAAUAUGGAUUUUGAUGUAAUUAUGCAAAGAUACUACUGCUUUUCUGAAGGCCACUUCUUCUGCUACGACAUCAGUGGGAAUAUGCUGUUUGAGAUACCAAAUGCACAUCAGAGUGAAAUUAUCUCUUGCGUCUACUCAUCUGACGUUAACAUUUUGGUUACUUCCUCCAAAGGCAGUGAAAUAAAAUCUUGGAAUGACCAAGGCUCCUUGCUGCAUGUAUUUAAUGGUCAUUCCAAAACUGUCACAAAGCUUCUAUUGCACCCAAACACUACUUCAUUAUUUAUCUCUGGAUCGCUAGAUGGAUCAGUCAAACUCUGGUCAUUUGAUACAAUGGACAUUUUUUACAGCUUACCACUAUUCCAAGAAGGAAUACGUUGGAUUGGCACAAUGGAUGAUAAAUUUCUGUACUGCUGUUCUCCCCGCAAUCUUCAUAUAUAUGACCUGAACUCAUUUACUACCUUUUGGACUCAUGUCAACAGUCCAAUAAGUAAUCUCUACAUCUGUAGUGCAGAUGGGAAGUCCAACAGAGUGGUUGCUAUGGGUGUUGACAACAGUUUAAGAGUAUUCUCACUACAUAAUGGAGAAAAGUUAUGCACAGUUCUGCCACCUCCUUAUCCUCCUCUGCUCCAGGAAGUACUAAGCUAUACCUACAACCGAGCUAGUGGAAUUGUUUACUUCCUCCUGACACCUUUGGAAAUAUGGGUCUAUACAGCAAGGACGGAUCCUGCAUGUAGAGCAGCAGUAUGGACUAUUGGAGAGCUCCAGCAACACUUGUAUAGAAAACACCCCUUAGCCUCUUGUGUUCAGAAGAUUGAAUAUUUUCAACAUACUCGAAAAAGAAAUUUUAGGACUUCAACAAGAUGUGAAUGCCUCUGCAGCUUGUCCUCACCGUUGUGCUACUUAAUAGAUGAAGGAGUGGUGUUUGCAGAUAAUCAGGAAUUUCUGGUUCUUGGUAUGCAGGAUGGACGAAUUCUGUUUCUCCAUACAUCAAUUCAGAAUUUGGUAUAUUAUGAGAUGACAGCCUAUAAAGAUCCAGUAAUCCAUUUAAGACAUGAUGUGGCCCAUCAGCAACUAGUAAUCAUGUGCCAGAGACCCAAAUGCAAAUUGGUACACUUCAGAAACUUACCUGGUCUGCAGCUAGUCUCUCAAGUUAAUGCAUCAAAUGAUACCAUUGUUUUUACAAGGCUUAACAGUUCACUAUUCAUUGGCCUGACAUCUGGAACUGUUGAUGUUUUAAAAAUUCUAGAAGACGACAACAGAAUAGCAUUUUCUGAGAAAGAUGUGAAAAAUCAUGGAGAAAAUGAACAAAAAGAUGUUUCUUCAGACAAGUACCACAGUGGCCCUGUACUAGCAGUUGACUCCUGCGAGAAUCUUUCUAUCUUUUUAAGUUGUGGUUCAGAUUCCAUGAUAAAGCUAUGGGAUAUUCAGAAGAAUUUGGUGGCAGAGAUCACUCUUGAUAUCACUUUAAGUGCAGCCUGUUUCCUGAAUAGUUCCGGUGAUAUUUUACUGGCUUUCAAAAGUGACCUUUACGUCAUGUCUCAUAGUAAGACACUGGGCUUAUUGAAGGCAAAUAUUGAUACUUCUAGUGUCUCAGCAGCAGAAUCCUGUAUUUUUGAAAGUCAACCACUAGAUGAAGAAGAGAGAGAGAAAACUGAUAUCUCCAAGUCAACAGAGUUGGCAUCAUAUUUGAUACCUUACAAGGGAUAUACCUUCGCUGAAGACUUCACAUCAGAGUUGCUGGUUUUACCAAAGAAGAAAGGAAAGACAGCCUGGCGAUUACCAGUGGCUACCUCAGCUGUCUACUGCUCUCCCUGCACCUCAGAAACAUCUCUGAAGAUAUUUGAUUUCCUACUCCAACCUGGAACUCCCAACUUAGAAGAACGAGAUAAAGCUGAAAUGUCUGAAAGAAUGGUUGUGACAGAUGAUAUGAAAUAUGUACCUGGGCCAAAAUCUGCAGCACCAGUUCAUUGGGAAAUACCUUUCUUUGGAGUUUCUCCGUGUACAUCUCUAGUCCAUGAAGAGCCCAAGACAGAAAUACAAGCUGAGGAGCAGGCUGUUGAAACAGAGAACAAGUUACCAAUUAUAGAACCACUACAGGAGAUUCUAAGCAAAAAGCUGUAUGAGAUGAAAGACGAAACAUUCUCAGAAACACCAGAAACAUUGCCAGGGCAUGUCCAAUCGUUCGAUGAAAAAAGGACAUGUAUGUCAAUUCCACACAUAGAUUCUUCCAUUUAUGGAAAAACCAAAGGAAAACGUCAAAACAGAGAGAGACUAUUCAGGCGUGUGAAGUUUGGCCCAUGGAAGUCACCUUGUGAGGAGAAAACCACAUCUUCGAACAUGACUGAAGUUAAGGAAAUAAUGAAGAAACAUGUGGCCAAGAAGCUCCUGAAAACAGAAAGGUUUGGUCUCAGAAAGAUGCGGACACCAAAACACACAAAACUUUUUCCAGUGGCAAAGGGUACUAUGAAAUCUAGAGACCUCACAUACGCCCCAUAUGCCCGAUCAGCCAUUUCCAUUGGAGAAAAAGUGUUCCCUGCCCUUGGAACUGAGGGUUUGGCACCUGCUGAAAAAAGGUCCCAUUCAGGAAAGAAGACUGGCCAGCAGGGAAAUGAAGGUUAUGAGACCUCUUAUGAAAAAGAUAUUAUAAGGGUGGUGGCCUGGAGGAGGAAACAAAAUGAACGAAUUCAGCAAGCAGAGGAACGGCGUCUGAUGCUAGAACUUGAAACAAGGGUGUGUUCCAGGAGCCACUGUUUCACACCUAACAACUCUCAACAAUAUCAAAAUCUACAAUCUUCUGAAAACAUUCCUGAAAACUUGUUUACUUGGAUGAAGCCUUAUAAACAAAAUCAUGGCCGCCCAUACACUGUGAUGGAAGAGACUACCAUCAAUCUCCCUAGAGAUUUCCCUUACAGGCUGGCGUGGGGAACACCAACCUCUCCAGAUGUUGACAUAAAGCUCUAUCAACCCAAGAUGAAGUUCAGUAAGGAUCACAAAAUAGGCAACCUGCUUCUAGAGAAAAAACUGCAACCAACAAAAUCAAUCCCAGACAGAGGGAGAUUCAUCUUAGUGAAUGACCCAAUUUCAGUACCUUCUACUCCUUCUCUGAGUCCACUGGAGAGCAAGUUACUCAGCACUCGUUUCCCUAGACAAAAAGAAAAGAUUCUUCGUUCUCUCUUCUCAAACAUGCAGGAGCCAUACUAGACUUCCCUGUAAUUUUCAGCAGCUUUGUCUUAGUGAAUGAGAUGCCUUCAACAUCUGCUCCUUUUAUAGGUUCAUUGGACAUAACAUUCUUCAUGCUUUCCUCCGAAACUUGUAUGGGUGGUGCUAUCUUCCUUCAUAUUGUUUGAACAGGACUCAAGGUUGGUUAGCCAAGUAAUAACACCACUUUCUGAACCCUCAGUUCAUUUUGCAGUAUGUAUUAUUUUUAUGAUGUGCUCUUUGUCACUCUUAAUAGAUUCUCACAUGGAUACAUCAUAAAUUAUUUUCCUCAGCACCGAGCACCAAAGUAUUUAGUAAAUAUGUACUAACAGUGAAACAGAAAACUACUUAUGAAUGAAUUACUAAUUGGGUUAAAAGCCAGAAAUCAAUAGGUACAGAUGCUCAUAGCCUACAGUUGUAGGAUUGAUAGUAAUAUCCUUCCUUGAUGUCAACUUCACUUGGGCUUUGGGUGAGACUUCCAGCACUUCCUUACAAAUUACACACACACUUGUUCUCUUUCCUCUACUCAUCUAUAUGCAAGAAAUAAAAUUAACUGCUUACAAGGAGUUAAUUCCAGGGAGUGCUGGAAGUCUCACCCAAAGCUCAAAUAAGGUUUUUUUUACAAAACAAAAAUUGCAAGUGGGCUUUGAGCAACUAUUGGCUUGCCUACAGUCACCCCACCAUAUGUUUUUGGGCUGUCAAUUUGUAAAUGAUCUGUUCCUAUGGAUGCUCUUCCUCCUUCAU